AUGUUUCUCAACCUUCCCUUUCUCACUGCGUUCCUUAGCUGUCUGGCAUGCGUCCUUGCUAGUCCUGUGAAGGCCAGAGCACCAGUACCAGCAGUAACAUAUCUCGGCUCGCAAGGCCGAAUAUUGUCUGGUGGUGCCGCAGCCAAGGGACUUGUCUAUACCGCUGGCACAGUUCCGUCUCUCAACGGAACAAUUGUGUCCGGAGGCAUCCGAAACGAAACAGCACAAGUUAUCCGCAACAUCGCAGCUAUCCUUGAGGAAGGUGGCACGUCUUGGGAGUAUGUACUCAAGACAACUGUGUAUCUGGCGACCAUGGAUGAUUAUGCGGCCAUGAACGAGGUUUAUGCGGCAAUGCUGCCUAACCCAAAACCAGCUAGGACUGCAGUCGAGGUUGGACAACUUCCUGGCAACUUUUCGGUGGAGAUAGAGGCUAUUGCUGCUAUUCCGGAGAUAUGA